GGCCCAUUCAAUUGUCCGGCCGCCACGAGGCUUCGUUCGUCAGCAGCAGCGACAAGUGCUCGCUCCCUCGCCCAUUGCGCCGACCAGACGACGCGCUCUCCCUCUCCGGGAAUGAGGUCAACCUCGCACCACCCCCGCUUAUAAGCACAGCGCCGCACUCGGUGGGCCUUGUUCUCCCCGUGCAAACCUCCAUUUGGAUCUGUUCAGAAACGCCAUCGUCGACGACGCCACAGCAGCAGCCUCCUGUCAAAAGAACACUCACAGCUCAAAACAUGCACACGAAUCUAUACAGCAUAGCGCUGGUCUGCGCUGGCUUCUCAGCGGUGCUUGCCCAGCAAGGAUACGACGGAGCGGGCGGCUACGGCGGAGCGGGCGCCGGCGGAGCUUACGGUGGUGGCGCCGGAUCUGGAGGCUACGGCGGAGCCGGUGCCUACGGAGGUGGAGCGGGGGCCUACGGAGGUGGAGCGGGGGCCUACGGAGGUGGAGCGGGGGCCUACGGAAGUGGAGCGGGGACCUACGGAGGCGGAGCGGUUGCCUACGGAGGCGGAGCGCCCGGCGGCGGAGCUGCCUACACCGGGUCGAGUGUCGCUCCUGCCGGAGGUUACGGUGGAGGCGACUACGGCGGAGCCGCGACGGGCGGCGCGGCAGCCUAUGGAGGAGCUCCCGCAGCCGGUGGAGCGUACGGCGCCGCGAGCCCAUACAGCGGCUCCUUCGACUUCACUAACAACGUGAACCACGCCGGGUACGGUGCGGGCGUCGGCGGUGUCCAGGCAACCGGCGGAUACGGGGGUGCCCAGGCGACCGCGACCCAGGGCUACGCCGCCUCUGGAGGACUUGGCGUCCAGGGUGCUAGCUAUGGUGGAGCGGCUGGCCUUGGAGCUGGCUAUGGAGCCGGAGCCGCUGGAGCUGGCGGAGCCGGACUCGGGGUGUCCUACGGAGGCGCCGGUGGCUACGGAGGAGGCGCCGGAGGCUACGGCGCAGCGGCUGGUCUGGCUGGAGCUGCCCAGGUGUAUGGCGGUGGUUCCUCAGGAGCCGGUGGAUACGGAGGCGGAUUUCACCAGCAGGGAGGCGCCGGUGGCGGAUACUGAGCGACGUCAGUUGUUGCCAUCGCGAGCGACACAAGCCACUAAAGAAAAGAGAACAUGCCGAGCCGACAGGCGCGGGUCUCGCAAUCUUGCUGGUCGCGGUCCUCUGCUGAAAACAAGUCAUUCUUUGUCACUCACCCCUUCCCCCGCCCCAUUUGCACACUUUGUUUUCUCGUUCCUUUUCCUCUCCACGUAAAAGCCACGACUCUUGCCGGCACCCCCCCCCUUUUUUUUUUGCUAUGUCUUGCUUUCUUUCUGUCCUUAAGACGUUCAGCGGGAUAUUCGAAACCACAGCGCUUAGCCCAGAGCACCGCGACUCGAAACAGUGCCGGGAAACGCUCACAAAGGCAAGAAACAGCGCCAAGUUAGUUUGUUCUAUUUGUAAAGGUGCGUCUAGAGAAUAACCGUGACCUUCAGAUAAUUUCCCCAGCUGAUAGACGUAUGGAGCAUGGUCGACUUUGUCGAGGCAGGUGAAUUUACCUUUUCAAUUCUUCGUUCCACACUUGUAACGUUGAGCACGGAUUACUAGCGGUGAUGUCUGACUUCGCAUGUGAAUGUCGGAAUUUCCGGCCAUUUCGAAACAGUCAUCAAAAGUAGAAGUCAAUUUUGCGUACGUCGCUCAGUCUUUUCGCGACCUUAGUUUAUAUAUUAUUCGCCGAUGCACUGCAAGAUGACGCAUCUUUACUCGAGACGUUUCUACGUGACUGGUGUAGUCUUUCUGUCACGUUAGUUUGUGGGAGUUUGGUUUUGGAGGGAGAACGCGGCGAGUGUUAUGGAUAGAUCCUGCAGUCAAAAUCCCACGCAGACCUACAAUUGAUCACAUCGUGGGAUUAUCGCUCUCAUUUGCUGGUCUCAACAGACUUUCGCUCGUAGGUAGUAAAUGUGCGCCUCUUUCCAAAGACCACGCAGUGUUUCUCUUCGUAUAACCAUGUGGAAGUCAGGCGUCAGCACAGAGUAGCGCUGGAGGUAACCUACUUAUAGAAUGCGUGACAGCGAAUGUAUAUGAUUCAUUGUUUAGAUUAGGAAAAGUGCCAAAUGUUCAGAAAUAGCUCCUGCUUUAAGAAAAAUACGAGACAUGCGCGAGGAGGCGCAUGGGAAGAACGGAGCCUUGGAGGCACUGUGUGUUUCGGUUGGCGCCUUGGGCGCUUUGGAUUUGGACACAACACUGGAAGGUGCAGCCACCCGGUGUCGUAGUACAUACACCAUCGUUAACGCAGCAUACUAUCUUACACCUUUGGUGCCAUUCGGUUGACCUUUAUUAAUUACAUACGAUGUACUGUUUUCAAUUUAUUGAACCUUUCAAUCAAUCUGUUGGUGAUUUCGACAGUGGUGAAAUAACUAACGUUGACCUUUCCUUUGUGACCGUGCUGUCCUCGACAUGUUCUCUCUACCAUGUACAAACUUUGUAUAUAGAAAUAGUAGUCCAAAAGAUUUACUGUAUGCGCUGUGAUCAAAUUUCCCGAUAACUAUUCUUUAUAUGCUUAUUUGUUCUAAUUUAUGAGCUGCCAGGGUUGCGAGCUCACAAAAAGAGCUCCUGCGCUUGCCGCAAACCGCACAUAACGAUUGCCGUCGAUGUUGUAUGUUGUAUAUGUGACCUCUGUGUUGGAGCGGCAAAAGUUCGUUUGGUUUCAGCUGGCGAAGAAAUGAUGCUAUUCUUUUUUCUUUAAUUACUCAUUCGCUGUUCAAGGUUUCUAAAUUUAAGUCAAGGCGUUGGAUAUGGUGGCAUGUAUCUUGCCAGCGUGCGUACAACUGCUUAGGAUAGUUUUAUAAGUGCGGGUGUCAAGCAAAGAAGAAUAGAAUAGGCUUUUAUUCAACGUUGAAGUGUACAUCAUGGACAUAGUCAGUGCGCAUAAGCCGUGUGGCUUGUGUGCGUGGCUGGCCAAUGUCGGUAUAGGAGUGCACUGACCCAGCAAGGAAAAUCGGUUUGUUGUGGUUUCGGCGCGUAGCGCUGGAAUUGUAAUGAAUGUUGCGCAGUGCGACAUUCAAUUCCUUGUGGCACGCCCAGGAGGGGCGUCGAGAAAGCGCCUCGCUUUGUCACUUCCGUGCUCUGACAAGCUCCGCGAGCAGCUCUACCUAUCAAGUAUAUUGGUACCUUGCUAUCAACGAAAUUGUGAUUGAAAAGUAAUAAUGUAUUUCCCAGCUUUGUGGGAACACCUGGCCCGCGCUGCUUCGAUGCCAUUUUGUGGUCGUUCACCUCUCCGGCAAUAUUUGUGUGAUUGCCUUUUGAUGUGAAAGUGGUCUGUGAAAUGUUACUGAAGUGUUAGACUGAGCCAGGUUUUCAUUUAAUAAAGAUCUCGACAAAAUAUA